AUGGUACACUCUGCCUGCGCCCAUCACUCCUUUCACACCGUCGCCACCGCCGCCGCCGCCAGGAUCGUCGUUUCCACCACCCUCGUACGCCGCGCCUACCCCACCAACGCCACCUCGUCUGGCACGGUCAUGGAUUCCGUCUUCGAUAGCGUCGACGCCGACGCUGCGUCAUCGUCGCGCACCAAGGAUAGAUCAAGGCAGUGGUUCGUCUCGAACGGCCCACCGCCGCGCCAUCGCCGUUAUGAUGCUUCGUCGGCCACAGCUAGCAGCACCGCCACCACCGGCACCGGCACCGGCACCGGCACCGGCACCGUCGCCACCCGAAUGUAUCCGCCGCUCCCCAUCCCGAUCGCGUCCACCUCCUUAUCAGAGCCUCGCUCGCCUGCUGCGUCGUCAUCGUCACCGUCAUCGUCCUCGCUCUACCCACCACUUGCCGGCGCCAGCACCAGCGCCAGAUCGGCUCCAUCGGCGUCAUCACGACCGACCGCAGCGGCACCCCGCCCACCGCCAGCGCCACCGCUGACCUCGCGCCAAAAGGGCCAGUCGAUCCCAAAGACGUGGUCCUCGACCGCUCCGCGCCGCUCGGCACCGCGCUCCUACAGCACCUACCGCGCCUCGUCCUCGCGCGCCAACCAGCAGCGCGAGGAGGAACGCACCCAGCUCGAGGCCCACCUCGACUUCUACUCGUACAAGCAGCCCGUCACCGCCGCUCUGUCUCCGGGCGAAGCCUUCCUUCGGCGUCGCAGCCAUCCCGAUCCCAAUCCCGACCCCGCCUCCUCCUCCGCCGCCGCUGCUAGUGUCGCUGCACCGCCUGCACCGGCGCCCUCGACAUCGCACCGGCUUCGCCCGCCCGCAGUGGCGUACACGACGGAUCUGGCCGAGUCCAUCGACCUUGUCCACUGCCUCGGCCCGGGCCCGCUGGCGCUCGACAUGGAGUGGAACUUUUCGCACACGGGCAAGGUGUACAAGACGGCGCUGCUCCAGAUCGCGUCGCCGUCGCUCGUGGUGCUGCUGCACCUCUCGUCGAUCAAGGUCCUGCCGCCGCCGCUCCUCGCGCUCCUCACCGACGCCCGCCGCAUCAAGACGGGCGUGGCGAUCCGCAACGACGCGCUCAAGCUCCAGCGCGACUUUGGCGUCGCCUGCCGCGGCCUCGUCGAGCUCUCGCACGUCGCCCGCGCCGUCGACCCGAGCAGCUGGGAGGGGAGGAGGGGCGGCCUCAUCUCGCUGCGCGACCUCACCCGCGUCUACCUCGGCCGUAAGCUGCGCAAGGACGCCGUCAGGACGUCGGACUGGACGCGCACCCCCCUCGACGCCGAGCAGAGAGAGUAUGCCACCAACGACGUCGUCGUCUCCCUCGAGAUCCUCCGUGCCCUCGUCGCCAGGAUCGAUCCCGGCGAGGGCCAGGGCGGGGCAGAGGGAGAGGGGGAGGGAGAGGGACGGCAAUCGGAGCAAGAGGCGCUCGUCGAAACGCUCAUGAAGAUGGCCCGCGUCGACGUCGACCCCGUGCUCUCCUCGGCGAGCACCACAGACAAGGCGACAGCAUCACCGACGACGACGACGACCACGAGGACACCAUCGAAUCGGAAAGUGCUGAAGCCCAUCACGCUCAACGCCGUCUCGGUACGGGAGACGAUUGUCCUCUCCUCGUCCCCCUCCUCCUCCUCCUCUUCCUCGUCUGUCUCCUCGAAUUCGGAAUCAAUAACCCUGGACCGAAUCGAACUGGCCCAUCAUCGGGCGAUGAACCUCUUCCUCGCGCCGUUAUCGCUCACGCUAUCCCAGAUUGCAACGACGCUCAACGUCAAGACGACGACGGUGGCCGCCUACAUCUACAAGACGCUCAUCGAUCCCGUCUUUUGGCAGCGGCCGCAGCAGCAGCAGCAGCGAGGGCAGGGGCAGGGGCAGGGGCGGGGACGACGGUUGAGUGAGGAAGAGUGGAAGAGGUUGGACGCGGAGCUCGAGAGGGGUGGGAGGAUGCUCGCUUCGACCCGAUCGCGCAUUCAGCGCGUCAGGGGCGGGUGGAUGCCCGAUUCGUGGAGUCGCAAGGCCAAACUGGGCAGGGUUGGCGACGAUCAGUCCUCCUCACCACCUCCCUCGGCGGCGGCGGCGGCGAUGUCGGCGAUGAACAAGUCGCAGCCGCUGCCGUCUUCCUCGUCGACCUCUACCCCACCUGCACGGCCACCACCACCACCACCACCACCGACCUCGCUGCACCGCUCCGAGGCAGAGUGGGACGAAGUCGACGUCGUCGAACCGUCGCACUAG